GAGAGAGAGAGAGAGAGAGAGAGAGAGAGAGGGAGGGGGGAUUCGGAGCUCGUUCUCGAUCGAUUCUAUCACUCUCAGGAAUCCAUUGGUUGGUUAAGAUUUGCAUUUAUGAUUUCUGAUGAUGAGAGGGGCGGGUCAUUUCGGGGCAAGCGAGCAACAAUGCUGGUCACAUCUUAUAAACUGGUGGGAUAAUAUUCUUGAACACUGUGUCAUUGUAGCAACAUUGGAGGGAGGAUCACAGCUUUUCAGGGUGAAAUAGAUUCUCUGCGGAUUGAACUACCAUAUCAUGCUGUUAAAAAUCAGAGUCUCAAGACACAGCAAUUGCUAGGAAUAGGGUAUCAGAGUUUUAUGUUGUUCUGCAUACUUAAAAGCCUGACCCUUUUCUUGAGGACUUGGUAACUGUACUGGUAAAUGGGGCAUACGAAGAAGAAAGGGUACUAAUGGAAGUUUUACCAUUACUCUUUCAGAGCUUUUAUCUUGGAUCAGCUACGGUGCUGACAGCUUUUUGAUUGCUAAAGUUGAUUUGAAGAACGUGAUAUGAAUGAUGCUAUGUGUCUUGAUUUUAUUUCAUGUCAUGUAUGAAUUGGACCCCUUGAUUUCUGAGUUGGAAUAUCUUAAGCUGGAUAGUUUUAUUAGUAACAAUGGGAGUGUGAUGAUACCACUAAAUUACUGAAAAAUGAAUUGGUUUAAAGAGAAAUUCAGGGAGUUUCUUCCCAAGUGGGGAAAUGAAUCUUCUGAUAUGGCAGAAUUUUGGUUUUCCGUUGUUACUUAUAUAACAACCGUGUUUAUUGGAAUCUUAACAUUAACAUAUGCUUUCUCCAUAUGGAGGCAUAAUACCAGUUUAAGUUGGAUGAAGACUAUGGCAAGGUCAAAGAAGAAUCCAAAAACAAAGCAUAAAGUUCCUGUUGCUGCUCAUGUUUGGAGCAUAGAAUCUGGUUCUUGUGCAAAACGUCUGAAGUGUUGUGUAUGUUUAGAAUCAGUUUCACCACCUCAACCUCUUGGACAGAUGAUGACUUUGGAUAACUCCAUACACCGCUGCAAUAUUUGUGGUGCGGCUGCGCAUAUGAUGUGCUCUUCCAUUGCACAGAAAGAUUGCAAAUCUGUAUCCAUGAUUGGUUAUAAACAUGUAAUCCACCAAUGGACUGUUCAGUGGACCGAAGUAGCAGAUCAACCUGAAGAAACUCCUUGUUGUAGUUAUUGUGAAGAACCUUGCAGUGGAUCCUUUCUUGGUGGCUCUCCUGUUUGGUGCUGUAUGUGGUGUCAACGGCUAGUGCAUGUGGAUUGUCACUCAAGCAUGGCUAAUGAAACAGGUGAUAUUUGUGACCUUGGACCAUUUAAACGCCUUGUUUUAUCACCUCUCUUUGUAAAAGACUUGAGCAGUGCAGGAGCAGGUGGUUUUCUAAGCUCUAUAACACAUGGUGCAAAUGAAUUGGCAUCUACCGUACGAGGACAUAUUAAUAGGAGCCAGAGUAAAAAAUACAAGCAGGACAGUGAAUUCCCUUCUGAUUCAACUAAUAGCAAUAGUACCAAUGACAUCUCUGGAGAAAGAACCACAGAUACUUAUCUAACAUCUAAUGGCUCCCAUGGUAAUAGAGAAUAUUGUAAUGGGGUUACUGAUGUUGGCGACCAACAACAAAGUAGUGAAAGUGGCUGCAAGGGGGAGAUGAAGGCAGCAUUGAGCAGAACUUCAUCAUUCACUCAAGGCGAUGACUCCCAGAUAUUAGGAACAAAACAAAAGUAUGAACUGAUUGAUUUGCCUCCCGAUGCCAGACCACUCCUAGUUUUCAUCAACAAAAAAAGUGGUGGUCAGCGAGGAGAAUCACUUAGGCACCGUUUACACAUUCUUCUAAAUCCAAUACAGGUAUCUGAGUUGAGUUCAACACAAGGGCCGGAGGCAGGACUAUUCUUAUUCAGAAAGGCAUCUCACUUCAGAAUUCUUGUUUGUGGUGGAGAUGGUACAGUUGGUUGGGUUCUUGAUGCAAUAGACAAACAAAAUUAUGAAUCUCCUCCACCAGUUGCAAUUCUUCCAGCUGGCACCGGUAAUGAUCUUGCAAGAGUUUUGUCAUGGGGUGGUGGUCUUGGUGCUGUUGAGAGACAAGGAGGUCUAUGUACUGUUUUGCACUACAUUGAGCAUGCAGCAGUGACCAUUCUUGAUAGGUGGAAAGUAGCAAUUGAAGAUUCAUCAUCCAAGAUUGUCCAACCUCUGAGAUUUAUGAACAAUUAUCUAGGGAUUGGCUGUGAUGCAAAGGUUGCUUUGGACAUACAUAAUCUACGUGAAGAAAAUCCUGAAAAGUUCCACAGCCAGUUCUUAAACAAAAUGCUUUAUGCAAGAGAAGGUGCAAAAAGCAUCAUGGACAGGACGUUUGCGGACUUACCUUGGCAAAUCAGAUUAGAGGUAGAUGGAGUUGAGGUAGAAAUUCCUGAGGAUGCAGAAGGUGUACUUGUUGCAAAUAUUGGAAGUUACAUGGGAGGGGUUGAUUUGUGGCAGAACGAGGAUGAGAGUUAUGACAAUUUUGAUCCACAGUCGAUGCAUGACAAGAUGCUGGAAGUUGUUAGCAUCAAGGGAACAUGGCAUCUCGGGAAGCUUCAGGUUGGGCUUUCUCGAGCUCGGAGGUUGGCACAAGGGCAAUCCAUCAAGAUUCAGCUUUUUGCUCCCUUCCCUGUUCAGGUGGAUGGAGAACCUUGGUUUCAGCGACCUUGCACGUUAGUAAUAUCUCAUUAUGGCCAGGCUUUCAUGUUGAGGAGAGCAACAGAGGAGCCUCUAGGUCAUGCUGCUGCCAUAAUAACUGAUGUGCUUGAAAAUGCUGAAACGAGCCGUGUGAUCACUGCCUCACAGAAGAGGGUCCUCCUUCAGGAGAUGGCACUAAAGCUUUCAUAGAGUCUGCCAGAUAUCUGAAAAAGCUUUUUGGCUUCUGCAGCACUGCCAGAUGCUGUCAAGACAAUUAUGUUUUCAUAUGUGAUGCCUAUCCAAGUGUAGCAACUCUUUGUCAAGUGGAUCAUCUUUCUUAUCAGAUGUUGUUUUUUUCAGAUUUUGGUGGCCCUUGUGAUGUCAAAAUCAUAAAUCAUUGCUGAUAUUCUGUAGAUAUCUUGACAUUUUCUGUAGAUAAUGGAAAAUUGUAGUUCUAAAUACAUCCCUGUCA